GCCAUGGAUCUCUGUGUAGCGAUUGGUGCUCACAAGACUCCUCCCCUUCGUCCCCGUUUCCCCGUCUCGUGUUUCAACCCGCUCACCACUCUCCGCGGCUCCCUGCACCCCGCGAACCCGCUGCUGAGCUCGUUAUCUAGGGACACCUCUCAUGCAGUGAGCCAUCCGCUGUUCUGCAGUCUCCAGUGUCUAUCCCUCGCCGCUACUGCUCGUAGUACGGCCAGAAAUAGGGCUCACCGACGGUCUUUCAAUACCCCUCACUGGUUUGUCAGCCCUGAUCAGUUGAAUCUUACGACGCAAAGAUCGCUGAUAGAUAGUGAUCACCCUCCCCCCGUAGCAUCUCGCCUUAGCAGAUCAUGGAGCCUCUUACGCACAUCCACGACCUGCCAGACGACAUCCUCACGAGGAUCUUUUGGCACUACGAGCAGCGCGUGCCUAAAAAAGCGGCCAGCGACGCCUUGUGGGAGUCCCUUUCCUUGAGUCCCGCCCCGAAGCACAUCUCUUUAAACUUUUCAGUCGAAACCGCCAUUCGUCCGGAGAAGAAGACGCCAUUGCCGACGCCUCCUCCCUCUGCCAGCGCGCACCGCGUCCUCCUCAUCUCUGCCGUCUGCCAUCACUGGCGCCGCCUCUCCCGCCGUUACAUCUCCACACUUCUCGUCGAAAACAAUCUCGCCGUUUCUCGCCAAGCUCUCGCAAGUGCCGUCGCUUCUCUACCGAACCUCACCCAUCUGCACCUGUGUGACGGCAGCGUGGAGACUCUAGACGACGCCUUCCUCGCGCACCUGGCGUCGUCAUGCCCUAGGCUGGCGAUUCUCCACGUGGGAAGCAGAAUCGCGCCGGGGCAUAGUCGUUCUUAUGUCGAGGCGCCCAGGAAGGGCGAGCACCCUAUCACAGACGCUGGCCUGGAGCGAUUCUUUCUGCGGAGUACUCAACUGGAGCAGCUCUCGCUGUUCUGCCUCCAUGAAGAUGCUGAGCUCCCCGCAUCCUUCUUCGCCCUCGCGCAUCUGCACACUCUCGCCCUCACAAACGCCUCACCGCUCGGAGAUUCGAGAAUUGCCAACCUGACCUCGCUUACCAGCCUCCAUGUUGUCUCCAAAUACAUGCCUUCCCAGCAAGUGGCUGGCCUCGCUCGCCUCCCAAACCUUGCUCUCUUUUCAAUUUCUGAUGAAACCUACGUUGGCCGUGGCCAUGAGUCCUCUGCGGAGCUUGGCGUCGCACAGCUGCCUCUGCUCAAGUCGCUGAGGUUCGAUCGCAUGCUGCCUGCUGCGUCGGCAUGCACCAGCCUGGAGCAGCUGGACAUUGUAAAGACGUACCUGUCUCAAAUCCCUGAUGACUUCGGCGAGCGCCUGCCGUGCCUACGCGAGCUGACCUUUCGCCAAUACGUAUCUUCCCAUUCCCUUCGUGAUCACGUCACGUCGCUGCCUCUCGCUUCUCUACCUCUCCUGGAGAGCUUAACCCUAUCCGAGUGCAACCACCUGUUCACCCUGCCUGAGGAUCUGGGCUGUCUGCUGGCGCUGAAAACGCUGGUGCUGCACAAGCUGCCUCUCGAGGGCCUCCCUGACUCGCUCUGCCAGCUCGCCGCCCUGGAAACGUUCCUCCUCAUUGAGUGCGCCAGCCACCCAAACGACCUCCAGCUGCCCGCCGCUUUCUGCUCCCUCACAGCGCUCGAAACGCUUGGCAUUGUGAAGAUGCCCCGAGUGACGCUUCCGGAGAACAUUGGCGAGCUGCCCCGGCUGCGGACCGUUUUCCUGAACGGGCUGUACCAGCAGCGCCGACUGCCGCCCUCGUUCACCCAGCUGCCGUCCUUGACGCGGCUUGAACUGGGCAUGUGCAUGCUUCGCGAGCUUCCCGAGGACAUGGGGGCCCUGACUAGCCUGCAGGAGCUGCACAUCCAUUCCUGUCCUCUGCUCCAGAAGCUUCCGGAAUCCCUGACGAACCUCUCGAGCCUUGAAACCCUCAUGGUGGAUGACUGUGUCAAGCUCUCGUCAGUCCCCAGGAAGCUGGACAGCCUUGGGAAGCUCAAAUGGCUGGAGCUGACUGGAUGCAUGGAUCAGACGGAGCCGCCUACGUUUCUGCCGCCCUCUCUCGAGAUCCUCAGCCUGGGGAACAGCUACCAUGUGGCCGAUCUGCUGGACGUGUCCUUGCUGCCGAAGCUGAGGAAGCUGUGCCUGAAGCUGGUUGGCGCAGAGGAGAGAAUGGCUGUUACCAGCAGCUUUCCUCAGCUGAAGCACCUGGAGCUGCACCUGCAGGAUGAUGCGGAGGAGCUGCCCUUCCCCCUGGCGCUGCUCCCACGGCUGCACUCCCUGGUCAUCUGGAGCGCAGCGAAGCUCCAGAGGCUCCCAGGCGACAUGGGGUGGGCGCUGCAGCAGCUGAGGAAGCUGCAGGUACACUGCGCGGGGGAGCUGAGAGAGUUGCCUGAGAGCAUUGGCGCGCUGUCCAGGCUGCGCCAGCUGUACUUGUUUGACUGCCCGGCCCUGCAGCAUCUGCCUGGUUCUCUCACCCAGCUCGCCUGCCUGCGUGAGCUGCAGGUUGAACGGACCGCCCUUCGCUGUCUCCCUCCAGCGUUUGCGCAAUUGGGCAGGCUGAGGAGUCUUAGACUGGAUGGCAGUCUGCAGCUGCAGGUACUGCCAGAGGAUCUGGCUGACCUGAAAAUGCUGCAGUUUUUGAGCCUUAGAGACUGCCCGCGAAGUAGGCUCUUGGGGUGGAUAUGAUGUACGGAUUGAGGGUAGUAGACUGUGGCGUUGUAUGGAGUGACUAGAUGGUCUUAUCCGCUUCAAGUUUGGUGGUUGGGGUGAAGGAUGGUGCUGGGGUGUAAGCAGUUGCUGGUGUGAAGGCAGUUGAUGCUGGCUGUGGUGAAGCGGUGGUGGUGAAGUGGUGGCUGGUGGUGGUGAAGUGGUCGUGGUGUUAACGCUGGCUGUGGUGCAGCAGGAGAGACGCCAGCGACAGCAAGAGAAGCAGGCACUGUACUAGCAGCGCAUGCAGCAAGCGCAUCAACGGCUGCUGCCUGCAGUGCGUCUCAAAUUCCCAAGCCUAGGCGGGCAAGCAGUGCAGGGAAGGGUGGCGUGGCGUGGGUAAGGCGGUGGGAGUGGAGUGGAGUGAGUGAGGCAGGCAGAAAAGGCAAGCAGCAGCAUUCCCAGGCCGGUGGUGAAAAGAACAUGUGGUGGAAUGGCAUGGAUGGUGGGGGCUAGUGAGAGGUGCAUGGCGGAUCUCACCCCUUUUUCCACGCUGCUUGCAGGGUGUUGUGGGAGAGAUGGGAGGAGAGGGGGAUGAAUGUGUUGAGGGAAUGUGGCAGUGGUGAGACUGAUGGAAGUGCAUUGUACCUGCUGCGGUAUCCCUAGUGCUGUAGCGUUAGGUUUACAGGUGUAUCCAUGUGUAGCUUAUUCUAUCAUUAGCAACUUAGUGUUAUUGA